GAACUUAACCACUAUACCACCAGGCUGGCCCCGACUCUGUUUUAAUUUGAAGGAUGGUGGUGCCAUUUACAGAACUAUAGGACACAAGAGGAGAAGCAGAUUGGGGUUGGUGGCAGGGGUGGAGGUGUUGAGUUCACUUUGAGACCUGGAAAGUCUCAGAUGGCUGCAACAAGAUGUCUGGAGGGAAUACUCAGCUGGCAAUUGCAUUUAUGAGUUUGGAUUGAUACAGACUGGACAUAACCAGUUUGGGAGAUAACAGAGGACAGGUAGUCAUUGAAGUCUUGAGAAACGAUGAACUGACUCAUGAAGAGUGUAGAUAGGAGGAAAAGGCAGAAGACUCAAUCCUGAGAAUGAAUAAUUGACAUGGAGGAUGUGGGUGAAAAGAGAGGAGACAGAAAAGAAGACUGAGAAGUGGUCAGAGCAGAAAGGAGGAAAACGAGCCAAGAAGGGAGUGUCUUGAACUGCAGGGAAGUAGGGUGAAGAAACCCAAGGAAGCCACCGGCCAGGCAGCCCUUCCUGCCAUUCUGGCCUUCCCAAGCCUGCUGGAGAGAACACCGGAUCCCCAGAGCUGGGCAUGGGCAGCAACAGCUAGUGCCCGCCAUGGUAACACACAAACACAUAGCCUACGCAUGUUGGUGUAACGAAUGCACACCAUCCACCAUGUGGGUCAGUUACACUCAUAUUCAGUCAACAGUCUCUGGGUGUGACAGGCCCACACUCAACCAGCCGAGGCCCUCGUGGCUUCAGAAACAUCUUGAGCCCUUCUCAGGUGGAACUCAUGCCCAACCCCCGUUCCAGACAACUCUCUGUCUGGCCAGUUUGUGUCUUCAACCUCCUUGAAGUUGGGACUUUGGCUUGGGAUUAGGAAUUACCAGCCUGCGAAAGCCUGAGUCAAGUGGGCACCCUCAAAGGGGUUUGAUCCAGAAACAUUGAGAGAGACUGUGAUGCCCCCCCCCAACGCGCACGCACACGUGAGCCAGUGGGCUUGAGUCUGCAGCUCCCAAACUUUGUCCACAUUCACGUUCGCCCACCUCAUAAUGGUGCAGUGAGGUGUUUAGAGAACGGACUGAUACCCGUUUUACAGACAAGAAAGCUGAGGCCGCGUCAGAGCAGCGCUUUGCCCAAACGCAAAGAUGCAACGGAGCUGAGACGCAAACCUCCGGCCCCUAUGUCCCAGCCUUGAAUCCUUCCCAAUGUCACCACAGCUGGGAGCUUCAAGCCUAGAAGGCGUCUGAGACCUGCAGGGGCUGAAUUCACCGGCUGCUACCCCCCUGUGGGGGCGCGCCAAAGCCACGCCUCCCCUGGAGCAGUCGCUGGGGAGAAGAGAGAAAACGGCCACAGCAUGUCUCUUUAAUGCGCGUCCCCGGAGGCCCGGCGCGCCCCCGCCGUUAUAACCGGAGUGUAUGGAGCAGGCUGCGCUCAGAGGAAGAAGGGCGGGCGCUGGGCACCCGUCGACCGACUUUUCCAAGUGCGAUCAGAGCCCGUCCGGCCCACGUCUUGCCCCCAUGGACCCGCCCAUGGGCGCCCACAGCUGAGGACGCGACGCCCGCUGGGCUCCGGGCUGGGUUGCACCCCGCCGCCUCAAAGUGCCCUCCGCCGGCAGUGCAGGCUCCCCGCGCCUCUGUCCGGAGGGUUCGCCGUCGAGCGAGGGCUCCGCCGCCGCCACGCCUCGCGCCCCACGCUGCCCGCCCCAUGCUGGUGCACACUUACUCCGCCAUGGAGCGCCCCGACGGGCUGGGCGCAGCGGCUGGCGGGGCCCGCCUGUCGUCUCUGCCCCAGGCGGCCUACGGGCCGGCGCCACCGCUCUGCCACACGCCCGCCGCCGCCGCUGCCGCCGACUUCCAGCCGCCCUACUUCCCGCCGCCCUACCCGCAGCCGCCACUGCCCUACGGCCAGGCGUCCGACACCGCCGCCGCCUUUCCCCACCUGGCCGGGGACCCGUACGGCGGCCUAGCGCCCCUGGCACAGCCGCAGCCCCCACAGGCCACCUGGGCCGCGCCCCGCGCCACCGCCCGCGCCCACGAGGAGCCGCCCGGCCUGCUGGCGCCGCCCGCCCGCGCCCUGGGCCUCGACCCGCGCCGCGACUACGCCGCCGCGGUGCCCCGGCUCCUGCACGGCCUGGCCGGCGGUGCGCACGGCCUGGCGGACGCGCCCCUCGGCCUCCCCGGGCUGGCGGCGCCGCCCGGCCUGGAGGACCUGCAGGCCAUGGAUGAGCCCGGAAUGAGUCUCCUGGACCAGUCCGUGAUCAAGAAAGUCCCCAUCCCCUCCAAAGCCAGCAGCCUCUCAGCCCUCUCACUGGCCAAAGACAGCCUGGUUGGCGGCAUCACGAGCCCCAGUGAGGUCUUCUGCUCCGUGCCAGGCCGGCUCUCACUGCUCAGCUCGACGUCCAAGUACAAGGUGACGGUGGGGGAGGUCCAGCGGCGACUCUCUCCUCCUGAGUGCCUCAAUGCUUCCCUCCUGGGUGGCGUCCUUCGCAGGGCCAAGUCCAAGAAUGGGGGCCGGUGCCUGCGGGAACGGCUGGAGAAGAUCGGGCUCAACUUGCCGGCCGGCCGUCGCAAGGCUGCCAAUGUGACGCUGCUGACUUCACUGGUGGAGGGAGAGGCCAUGCACCUGGCCCGAGACUUUGGCUACGUCUGUGAGACCGAGUUCCCAGCCAAGGCAGCUGCCGAGUACCUGUGCCGACAGCACUCUGACCCCGGGGAACUGCACAGCCGCAAGAGCAUGCUGCUGGCCGCCAAGCAGAUCUGCAAGGAGUUUGCAGACUUGAUGGCUCAGGACCGCUCACCACUGGGCAACAGCCGCCCAGCACUCAUCCUGGAGCCCGGAGUGCAGAGUUGCCUGACACACUUUAGCCUCAUCACCCAUGGCUUCGGUGGGCCCGCCAUCUGUGCUGCCCUCACUGCCUUCCAGAACUACUUACUGGAGUCACUCAAGGGGCUGGACAAGAUGUUUCUAAGUAGUGCGGGCAGUGGGCAUGGUGACACUAAGGCUUCAGAGAAGGAUGCCAAGCAUCGGAAAUAACCGCUUCCCCGGCCCCAUCCCUAAGGGGCUCCUGAGGCCGGAAAUGAGGUCUUAGCUCCUGGGGAUGGGCCUGAAAGGAUUAAAAGGUGGGGUUGGAGUUAGGCCAGAAAGAGGACAUUCAUCCAGAAACCCCUGAGUUCGGGGUCUGGGUUGGAGAGGAGAGGUGGCCUCUCUGUGGUGGUUUGUUGAUAAGGGCUCAGGCAUCUGCCUCAUGUGCAAUUUUCUGACCCUUGAUUGCUGAGAAGUGCUUAGACAGGAAAUUGGCAUGGGAAAGCUUGGUUCUUGGGGCUGAGCCCUGCCCAUUAGGGUGCCUGGGUAGCAAUGGGUGCUCCUAGGGGCCAAGGCCUUGCUGUUUUUACUGAUGGCAGGAAGGAAAAUGUUAACAAACCAGAGGUGCUACUGAGGAGAUGUGCUCCUCAUCCAGAAUCUCCUACCCCCAGAAAAGGGCUGCUGGCAGGAAGCCCCAGUGGGCUCUUUGGACCCCUCCUAAUCUUGGAAAGAAGUGGGCAGGAGGGGCCCUCAGGAUCAAAGAAGAUAAAGCACAAAUUGGAGAACUUGAAUCCAGGCUGCACUUCACUCCUGUUGCUGUCUGUCCUAUUUAUUUAUGUAUGUUGUAAUUAAAUUUGAAAGUUUAAAAAUGUCCAGUGCAACUUAUUUAUCCCGAUAAGCUGAGGACUCAUUUCCCUCUUUUCUGCUCAUGCACCGAGAUGUCCAGCCGGACCAGAAUAGAGAGGGUGUUUUUGCUCGCAAA